CGGUACAAACGUCCUAGUUUAGUCACCCGUUCAGCAUCAUGGCGGAGAGGAACAGUACUAGCUGGUUCAAGAAUGUGGCCGCCUUUUGUGCCAAUCCAAGGUCCUUCUUAUCCACCGUAACCGUGGAACGUUUUGUGGAUGAUCUUUUAAAAAAUCUAAAAAGUGAAAAUCUGACCGUUUUAAUGCUGAAUCUUUUUUUAGAGUUUCCUACACUCUUGUGCCCAGAGAAAGCUGCAGGUGAACUUACUGCGGAGAUCCUGAUAAAUAUUUUACAACAAAUGUCAACUUCAGUCAAAAGUAUAAGUUUAAGGUGCCACCUCCUGUUAGCAAUCGAGACUGUGCUGAUCACCACUGAUAACUUCAACUGGAAUUGCAAAGUAGCCCAGGACUUUGCCUCUUUGCUAACGCACCUUAUAUCAGACAUCAACGACAAGAAGCAGGGGUCAUCCAACAGGCCUGUACGCGUCAUGGCUUGCGAGUGCCUGAGAGAACUAGAGUGCUGCUACCCGGGGCUCCUUUCACAAAGGCUGGAACAUUUAUACACAAUGCAGCAACAAGAAAUGACUAGUGCUCAUCAGUCAUACACACUGCUGUACAGUGUGACCCUCAAGAAUGCAGUGCAGAUCUUGGCGCAGAAGGAGGGACCUUCUAAUGGAACCCUCAAGCAAAUGCUGAUGAGCAAUGACAGUUUUCUUUGGAGUGCUACAAAAGACAUGAAGGAACUUCAGCCGUCAUCAGGAGAGCAGCUUUUUUUGCUACCAUCAAACAAUGAGACAAAAGAAUUAAAGUCUAUCCUUGCCCUGCUACUGGAAGACUCCUAUCUCUUUACUGCUGAAUGCCAGAACACGCUGUUUUGGCAAAUAAUACAAAUCGUAGCCAUGGUUCGUACCAUAUCGCCUGUCAUUUUCAAGUCUCAGCUUGUGCGACUGUUUGGAACAAAAGACAUAUCAUGUUUUCACAGCAUUCUUCAAAUGAAAGCUGUCUUUACUGAUAGUUUGUUCACGGCCGAAGAUGAGCACUUUCUCCUCCAGAGGCUGGUGGGGAUGACCCAGCACCCGCUUCUCUCUACACCGGUGAAACUGUUCUACUUAGAUUGCCUAUUGCACUUUCCGGAGAACCGACCAUUGAGUUCGAACCCCGGGGAGAACCUACCGGUGCUACUGACUGUUCAAAUGACCUCAGCCUUAUUCCCCAACAUUUUCAAUGACUGCACCACAAUGCUCUGCAGACAGAAUUUUCUGAGCAUGGUCUAUCUGGAAAAUGAAGGCUAUCGCUCCGAGAGGGGUAUAGGAUACUUGUUUGAACAUCUCAUGGCCCUGUAUAGCAUGGUUGACAAAAAUGCUGACCGGGAGAUAACAGCAACUUUUUUCCGUUCUGUUUAUCUCUUUGUUCGGUACUUUAAUUUUUGUGAAAAGCACAUGGAGGACUUGACUAAAACCCUGCUAGAUCUGUACAAGAGCCAAAGUUCUCUGGCACUUUAUUUUAUUAACUUGAUUAACCAAACACAGAUUUUACUGGAAUUUCAGCCUUGGCAAGUGUCGUUGUGUAAAGGUUUACAAAGGCACAUAGUCAACCUUCCUGUGGGACGUACAACCAUGAAGUGUCUGCAGUGGCAUCUCAAAGUUCUCUCUAGAGUAGCCCAAGAGAAAACCAUUCCACAGACCAGUACGGUCCUCUUUUUAAGACGUUUGGUGUUUCAGUCCGACCUGUGCCAAAAAGGGGACUGGGGUAUGGGCAACGCUUUGUUAUCUGUGUGCAAACACAUUCUCCAACAUGAGCAUCUCAAAGUGGUCUUCAUGCACUUGGCAGAUCUGUUACAGCAUCUGAUGCACCGUUUUGAAGACAUCGACAUCCAAGACCAUUCGCGUUUGUAUUACAUUCUCCUGGCCAAUGUUUCCGGUGACAAGCUUGACAAAAUUCUCAACAUGUCUCCAAUGGGUGGUCCAACAAAAACUAGAUCCUUGUCUUCAAUAAUGUCCGAAAGUGAGAAUUUCUCCACUCUGCUUACAAUCCACAACACAGGGAAACCGAUUCUGUGUUUGUGUCCAAUUCGUGAUGAAAAAAGCGCUUUGCUAUCUUUUGCUGAAGAAUCUACAGAAGGAAGUCCACCGGCUGAAUGCAGUCUUCAAGAAUACUAUCAAUACCUUGAGGAUCACCUUUCCUCAUUGCUCGCUUUGAAGUACCAUUUGAGUUUCAAAGGAGAUGUUGAGAAAAAGUACCAUAGACUCUCUUGUAUUGUGCUUCAGUUUGACCUUACAAAUGCUAAUUAUCAAGUCAUUGGUGACAUUAAUAUAAUGUGUCUCUAUGCUGAGAGAAAACCUCCAGUGGUCACUAUUCAUUUGGUUCCCAAGGAACCGUAUCCAUCUGUAUUGGGUGUAAAUGCCACAUUUAAUACUGAGGAUGGAUUCACUUAUCUUUCAAGACUGGAACCACUGCAUAUUUCAUUCCCAGAACUCUUUGUGCCUCUCCCUGUACCACCGUCUUGCCAGUUGGCUGUCCGGUACCACCUGUUUGUCAGUCUGUGGCGCAUUAUGCAGCCUGAUGAUGAAAACCAGUGUGAAGAAAGCAUUUUCUGCCACAAGAUGUCAAAAGAGUCUCUACAGAAAUUUGUGGAGUCCCAUUUCUCCAAAUUUGUUGUGUCUUAUUGUGAUCACGAAUACAAAAUUGCCAUACUUCUACCGCCCAAGUUCCACAUAUUAAUUCAUGCUCAUUAUCACGAGGAGGCAGCUCGUUUAAACAUUAGAACUGAUAACUGGAGCAUAUUGCCGUACUUGAAUUCUCAUCUUCGUGAUCUGUCACAAAACUUGUGAAAAAAAGUAUUUUUGAGAUGUUCCAAUGGGGGUCACAAAAGCGGUUGGUUAGUGCUGAAUCCGUUUUCAGUCUGCCGGUUUAGAAGUUACCGAUGAGUGCAGCGGGCAAGGUUCACUGGGCCUUAGCCCUGAGUGCUGCAGCAUGUGACUUCAUGAGCGUCAUUCCGAAGAGUAAUGGUUUAGCCUAAAAAUGUCUGCUUCUGUACCCACCUAUAUGUGAUAAAGGGAAUCGGUCAGGAUAGAAAUAUGGCUGAAUAUAAUGCUGGGCUUGUUUGAAAUGUGCAGGCAUGCAGCCAA